UAAGUCAUUGGCAGGUGAGAGACCAUCUUAAUUGCCCGGACAUAAAAUCCUCCUCUGUGGCUGGAUCACGUGAAUAUGCCAUGUCCAUUGGGACGCGUCUGCUGCUGUCAACAAACUUCACCCUGUCACACCCCCAUCGCCCCCUACUAUCCUGAAUCUGGCCGUGAAUCAAGGACCCGGUGACAUGCAUGGAUUCUGCUGAAUCAAAGACAGUAUCUGCAUGGAGCACAUGUCUAACCGCACUGCCAGGUGCCGCGUGCGCUCAUAACUACAACCCCCUUGAAUAUGCAUCGCGUGCCAGGAGACCGGCAAAAGCUACAAGACUCAACAAUGAACGUUGAUCGGCGAAGUGGCCAGGUCUACCUGGAGUCCACCGCCAUCCCGUCACUGUCCUCAUCGAGAGGGCCAGCCUGGGUACAUGAGACGCCGUUCCUACCUCAAGGCUGGGAAGAGACCAGCGACGCUGGGCCCCCCUCCCUGAAGCACGCGGCCAUGCGCCAGCUGCUGUCAGACCAGCGAAACCUACAGCCGACCCUGUUUGCCCACGUCCCGUGGCGCAUCGCCAGCUACCUCUGGGAUUGCCUUGGCCGGAGCAGGAAGAGGACCCUACACAUGUGGAAGCUGUUCGCAACGGCAUACCCGGAGGAAUUCCGGCACGUUUCGCCGUACCGUCGCAUGAAGAUCGAGGGCCCGAGGUUGUCCCUGCGGGAGUACCUGGGCCUGGUGAAGAGCGACUCGAUGGGCUGGCGAGUGGUGUUGACGUUGGCUGCUUCGCACGCCAGGGUCCCUGAGCUGGUAGAGAUUUCCAGUAUUCGGAAUCUGGCGGCGCUGGAGAUUGCCACGCCGAAGCAUGCCCAACCGGUUCUGGAUGAGGCGGUCUCGCCGCUCGCCGCACUCAGUGACCGAAUCGUCCGAACUUGGAGCGAGUUGGCUGCGGCUUCUGGCGCAUUCGCGCAUCUCCGGGUUCUGGUCUUGGCGCAGCAGACGGAGCUUUCCGGGCUGGCUCUGCGGUAUCUGAGGGCUUUCCCGUCGCUGCAGUUGAUUAUGGUUCUGGACUGCCCGGGUCUGGUCCCUGUCGCGGGCGUAGAUGCCGAGGCCAAUGGGUGGGAGGUGGUUCUCGGGUCCGAGAAGCCCGAGACUCUCUACGAGUGCUACCGGAUCAGUUUGACGGAUGGGACGGUGUUGGAUGGCCCGGUCCUGGAUUUCCAGGUCGGUUAUCAGACCGGCCGAGCGCUGGACAACAUGCGGAACAUGCGGCAGAAGCCGUGGACGCUCUUUCGGCGCCGUGAGAAAGUGGAGGGACGCGAACGAGGACCACCGGCGGCGAAAAGAGCCAGGGUGAUGAAGGCGGGCAGAGGAAAGGAUCUGGGGGGAUUGCUGCGGGAGUUCCUCUGAUCUGAUUCAUCCGAUGACGCCGGCAUGACAAGCGGGGGGCGCUGAUUGGCCAGCCGCGGCCGCAUUGAUUGUCCCCGCCCCGCCAUGUCGGCCGAUGCUCUUCACCUCUUCACCUCUUCACCUCUUCACCUCGACUUGUUCUCU